CAAUUCAGCCAUCUACAAGCGAGUUCUGAAGCUGCAGCAAGUCAUGCAGGCAAAGAAGAAGGAGCUUGCCAGGAGAGAUGACAUUGAGGAUGGAGACAGCAUGAUUUCUUCAGCCACCUCUGAUACCGGUAGUGCCAAAAGGAAAAGGUAUACGCUCUUCUCAUAGCUGGAGACAUCUUCUCACUUCCUAUUUAUUUUGUUUUAGAUUAGUGAAGAUAAGUGUUUUUUUUAAGCUAUCAAGUAUGAACUCUUUUGUAAGCUUUAAAUACUUGAUAGCAUGUCCUCUUUUAGAAUUCAUUUGUAAAUUUAGAUGAUUAGCUUUUUUUAAUGCAAGUGCCAUAUUGCUUUUAGAUCACAUAGAUUAAAAUGGCAGCUACGGGUAUAGCUUGGCAAGACAUUAUUUUGCCUGAGUUCUUGUCUUCAAUGUGGCAUUUUAAGAGUGCCAUUGAAAUCUAAUUUAGGUAAUUUCUCCAUGGCGAAUUGCAGAGAUAGAAUACAAAUUAGGAAAGGUAAAGAGGCAUUCAGUAGUCCCACUGCAGUGAAGUAAGUCGUUGCUCUUACUCCUUUGUUUUCCUUGUUAAUACAAUCUCUGUUUGCCAUUUUAAGCAUGUCAGAUUGUAAAAUGCCAAAAAAUAGCUUCUUAUAGUACAUAAAAUGUUAAGCUAGGUAUUUGGAUUUCUUUUCUUUCUAACCUUUCUUUUAACUUCCCUAACCCUUCCUUGCUCUCACGGGUUUCAUGGAAGGGGAUCUUACUGUGAGACUCUGAACCUGGACUCCUAUAAGGAAUCAUGCAAGACCGUCUCUCUUUUGUCUAUACCUCACCCACGGAUUUUCUCUGGCCUAAUCAUUGUGGAACACUGUAUUCUUCCUCCAGCUUAACUGUCUUCCCAUCUUUGCAGCAGCGGUCAAUCCAGGGAGGAUAUCUUAAAUAAAGAAUCAGCUAAUCACUAAUAGCAAGGUUGAGAGAUUUAAAGUUGAAUGAAGAAGCUAUCAGUAACUGUUGACACAGUUCUGAACAUGCAUUAUAUAGACCCACUAAGAUCAGAGGAUUUAAAAAAGUGGUUUAGAAAGAGAAGCUGCCCUGUCUUUCCCUCUUACAAAUAGCAUUUGAGAAAAAAUUUUUAGUGUUGAAAGUAACUUUGCUAUGCUAUGCCAUGGUAACUAAAUCGAUUGGUGUACCCUGAGAUGUCUCCUCCAUUACUGGCCUGUGAAUUUCAUCCUUCCAAGUUCUUAAUUCCUUGUUAUACCAGGAACAACGGAGGAAAAAUGUGAAACCAGAUCAGAGACAUCAAAUCGAGAACGUCUUUGAGUGUAAUUUUAUAACUCUACUACAGCAUCACCUGUGUUUUCCAGAUCAGUCACCAAUCAAAGAUAAAAACUUCUCAGGCAAAAGAAGGUAAUGGAGGCAAAAGUGAUGGUACAGUUAGUGCCAGCACUGAAUGAAAACAAAAAUCCUAAACUAGUUGAGUGAUAAGAAAAUAGUUCCAGGGAAGCAUUAGCUUAGGCCAGAUCUCUAGAAGUUUCAUCUUUGUGGCUUGUAGUUUGUGGGGCAUCUCAAGUAGAUUAAGUAAAAGUUAUGGCCCUAAAAUCUCCUGUAAAAAGAAAAGUCUCUUUAUGAAUAGGUUUCCUAGGAAGUAAUUUUUGUAAUAAAGUGAAAAAAACAAACGAGAAGAACAAAUAUAAAUCAUCUGCUAAAGCAAUAAAAGAACAAACCUGUGUUUAUUAAAAGGUUGAGAGAAGCAAGGCCUACACUUUGGACUAUGACAAAAGAAACAAUACGAUGAGCCUUUUAUAAGAUAGUUAUAUUGAGAAGAUUUGGUAUUAAGAAAUGGACUCUCUACAAUUCAGGCAAACACAGCAGCCUGGUAGGUUAAGCUAAGCUUGGCCAGAGAAGUCAGGGCCAAGUUUUGUGAGUACCACUGAAUCUGACUCCUAAGUAUUGUAUAUGAUUCUAUCUUCGCUUUGUUUUUUAGUACCAAAGAGUUUGAGAAUAAUUGGAUGUGGGUGUGUUUUGCUUCAUUCUGGGAGUGUAUUCUUCUCCCUCAUCUCCCACCCUGUUACCCAAAAAUCCACCCACUGUCUUCCAUGUUGAAAUGUUCCAAGUAUUCUUAAUAUCUUUUAUCCUCUGGACUGAGUAAUCCUCUUUUUUCCCAACCAUGUUUGGUUAUACAUGACCCUCCAGCAUUGCUCUGUUUUGUUUCUUUUCACAUGUAAUGUUUGUCUCUGCUUUCCCAGGAACACUCAUGACAGUGAGACGUUGGGUCUCAGGAGGCUAUCCAGUAAAAAGAACAUAAGAAAGCAGCGAAUGAAAAUCUUAUUCAAUGUUGUUCUUGAAGCUCGAGAACCAGGUUCAGGCAGAAGACUUUGUGAUUUAUUUAUGGUUAAACCAUCCAAAAAGGAUUAUCCUGAUUAUUAUAAAAUUAUCUUGGAGCCAAUGGACUUGAAAAUAAUUGAGCAUAACAUUCGCAAUGACAAAUAUGCAGGGGAAGAGGGAAUGAUCGAAGACAUGAAGUUGAUGUUCCGGAAUGCCAGGCACUACAACGAGGAGGGCUCCCAGGUAUACAACGAUGCACACAUCCUGGAGAAGUUGCUCAAGGAUAAAAGGAAAGAGCUGGGCCCGCUGCCUGAUGAGGAUGACGUGGCUUCCCCCAAACUCAAGCUGAGUAGGAAGAGUGGCAUUUCUCCUAAAAAAUCAAAAUACAUGACUCCAAUGCAGCAGAAAUUAAAUGAAGUCUAUGAGGCUGUAAAGAACUAUACUGAUAAAAGGGGUCGCCGCCUCAGUGCCAUAUUUCUGAGGCUUCCCUCCAGAUCCGAGCUGCCUGACUACUAUCUGACCAUCAAAAAGCCCAUGGACAUGGAAAAAAUUCGAAGUCACAUGAUGGCCAACAAGUACCAAGAUAUAGACUCUAUGGUUGAGGACUUUGUCAUGAUGUUUAACAACGCCUGUACGUACAAUGAGCCUGAGUCCCUGAUCUACAAAGAUGCCCUUGUUCUACACAAAGUCCUGCUUGAAACUCGCAGAGACCUUGAGGGAGAUGAGGACUCUCAUGUCCCAAAUGUGACCUUGCUGAUUCAGGAACUUAUCCACAAUCUUUUUGUGUCAGUCAUGAGUCAUCAGGAUGAUGAGGGAAGAUGCUACAGUGAUUCCUUAGCAGAAAUUCCUGCUGUGGAUCCCAGCUUUCCAAACAAACCUCCUCUUACCUUUGACAUAAUUAGGAAGAAUGUUGAAAAUAAUCGCUACCGGCGGCUUGAUUUAUUUCAGGAGCAUAUGUUUGAAGUAUUGGAAAGAGCAAGAAGGAUGAAUCGGACAGAUUCCGAAAUAUAUGAGGAUGCAGUAGAACUUCAGCAGUUUUUUAUUAAAAUCCGUGAUGAACUCUGCAAAAAUGGAGAGAUCCUUCUUUCACCAGCACUCAGCUAUACCACAAAACAUUUGCAUAAUGACGUGGAGAAAGAGAAAAAGGAAAAAUUACCAAAAGAAAUAGAGGAAGAUAAACUAAAACGAGAAGAAGAAAAAAGAGAAGCUGAAAAGAGUGAAGAUUCCUCAGGUGCUGCAGGCCUCUCAGGCUUACAUCGCACAUAUAGCCAGGACUGCAGCUUUAAGAACAGCAUGUACCACGUUGGGGAUUACGUCUAUGUGGAACCUGCGGAGGCCAACCUACAGCCACAUAUCGUCUGUAUUGAGCGACUAUGGGAAGAUUCUGCCGGUGAAAAAUGGUUGUAUGGCUGUUGGUUUUAUCGGCCAAACGAAACUUUCCACCUGGCUACACGAAAAUUUCUAGAGAAAGAAGUUUUUAAGAGUGAUUAUUACAAUAAAGUUCCUGUUAGUAAAAUUCUAGGCAAAUGCGUGGUCAUGUUUGUCAAGGAAUACUUUAAAUUAUGCCCAGAAAACUUUCGAGAUGAGGAUGUUUUUGUCUGUGAAUCACGAUAUUCUGCCAAAACCAAGUCUUUUAAGAAAAUUAAACUGUGGACCAUGCCCAUCAGUUCAGUUAGAUUCGUCCCUCGGGAUGUGCCCCUGCCUGUGGUCCGAGUGGCCUCUGUAUUUGCAAAUACAGACAAAGGGGAUGAUGAGAAGAACACAGACAACUCAGAGGACAGUCGAGCUGAAGACAGUUUUAACUUGGAAAAGGAGAAAGAAGAUGUCCCUGUAGAAAUGUCCAAUGGUGAACCAGGUUGCCACUACUUUGAGCAGCUCCGUUACAACGACAUGUGGCUGAAGGUUGGUGACUGUGUCUUUAUCAAGUCCCAUGGCCUGGUGCGCCCUCGCGUGGGCAGAAUUGAAAAGGUAUGGGUCCGAGAUGGAGCUGCAUAUUUUUAUGGCCCAAUCUUCAUUCACCCAGAAGAAACAGAGCAUGAGCCCACAAAAAUGUUCUACAAGAAAGAAGUGUUUCUGAGUAAUCUGGAAGAAACCUGCCCCAUGACAUGUAUUCUGGGAAAGUGUGCUGUAUUGUCAUUCAAGGACUUCCUCUCCUGCAGGCCAACUGAAAUACCAGAAAAUGACAUUCUCCUUUGUGAAAGCCGCUACAACGAGAGUGACAAGCAGAUGAAGAAGUUCAAGGGACUGAAGAGGUUUUCUCUCUCUGCUAAAGUGGUAGAUGAUGAAAUUUAUUACUUCAGGAAACCAAUUGUUCCUCAGAAGGAGCCCUCACCAUUGUUGGAAAAGAAGAUCCAGUUGCUAGAAGCUAAAUUUGCCGAGUUAGAAGGUGGAGAUGAUGAUAUUGAAGAAAUGGGAGAAGAGGAUAGUGAGGUCAUUGAACCUCCUUCUCUACCUCAACUUCAGACCCCUCUGGCCAGCGAGCUGGACCUCAUGCCCUACACACCCCCACAGUCUACCCCAAAGUCUGCCAAGGGCAGUGCAAAGAAGGAAGGGUCCAAACGGAAAAUCAACAUGAGUGGCUACAUCCUGUUCAGCAGCGAGAUGAGAGCUGUGAUUAAGGCUCAACACCCAGACUACUCUUUUGGGGAGCUCAGCAGACUCGUGGGGACAGAAUGGAGAAACCUUGAGACAGCCAAGAAGGCAGAAUAUGAAGAGCGGGCAGCUAAAGUUGCUGAGCAGCAGGAGAGAGAGCGAGCAGCACAGCAACAGCAGCCGAGUGCUUCUCCCCGAGCAGGCACCCCUGUGGGGGCUCUCAUGGGGGUGGUGCCACCACCAACACCAAUGGGGAUGCUCAAUCAGCAGUUGACACCUGUUGCAGGCAUGAUGGGUGGCUAUCCGCCAGGCCUUCCACCUUUGCAGGGCCCAGUUGAUGGCCUUGUUAGCAUGGGCAGCAUGCAGCCACUUCACCCUGGGGGGCCUCCACCCCACCACCUUCCGCCAGGUGUGCCCGGCCUCCCGGGCAUCCCACCACCGGGUGUGAUGCACCAAGGAGUGGCCCCUAUGGUAGGGACUCCAGCACCAAGUGGAAGUCCAUAUGGACAGCAGGUGGGAGUUUUGGGGCCUCCAGGGCAGCAGGCACCGCCUCCAUAUCCCAGCCCGCAUCCAGCUGCCCCACCUGUCAUACAGCAGCCGACAACACCCAUGUUUGUGGCUCCGCCACCGAAGACCCAGCGGCUUCUCCACUCAGAGGCCUAUCUGAAAUACAUUGAAGGACUCAGUGCUGAGUCCAGCAGCAUUAGCAAAUGGGACCAGACGCUGGCAGCUAGAAGACGUGAUGUCCAUUUGUCGAAAGAACAGGAGAGCCGCCUACCCUCUCAUUGGCUGAAAAGUAAAGGGGCCCACACCACCAUGGCAGAUGCUCUCUGGCGCCUUCGGGAUUUGAUGCUCCGAGACACCCUUAACAUUCGCCAAGCAUACAACCUAGAAAACGUUUAAUCUCAUCAAUUACGUUUCUUUUAUAGAAGCAUAAAAGAGUUUUGUGGAACAGUAGCCAUUUUAGUUACUGGGGGUGGGGGGAAGGAUCAAAGGAUGAUAAUUUUUAUUGCAUUUUAUUGUACAUCACAAGGCCAUUUUUAUAUAAGGACACUUUUAAUAAGCUAUUUCAAUUUGUUUUUGUUAUAUUAAGUUGACUUUA